AUGCGUGAGAUUGUGCAUUUGCAGACUGGCCAGUGUGGUAACCAAGUGGGUUCCAAAUUCUGGGAGGUGCUUUCAGAUGAGCAUGGGAUUGAUGGCAAUGGCAACUACACGGGCGACACGCCUGAGCUGCAGCUGGAUCGCAUCAACGUGUACUAUAACGAGGCAGCCGAUAAAAAGUAUGUGCCGCGUGCGGUGCUGGUAGACUUGGAGCCCGGAACGAUGGAUGCGAUCCGCUCCAGUCCGAAUGGCAACCUGUUCCGUCCCGACAAUUUCGUCUUUGGCCAGAACGGUGCAGGGAACAACUGGGCGAGGGGACAUUACACCGAGGGAGCCGAGCUCGUUGACUCGGUCAUGGACGUCGUCCGCAAAGAGGCCGAGGCAUGUGACAUGCUCCAAGGGUUUCAAAUCACACACUCGCUCGGCGGUGGCACUGGCGCGGGUAUGGGCACGCUGCUCAUCUCCAAGAUUCGCGAGGAGUUUCCCGAUCGUAUGAUGGCAACCUUCUCCGUGAUGCCUUCGCCCAAGGUGUCUGAUACCGUAGUGGAGCCGUACAACGCUACACUCUCGGUCCACCAGCUUGUGGAAAACAGCGACGAGACCUUUUGUAUCGAUAACGAGGCGCUGUACGACAUCUGCUUCCGCACGCUGAAGCUGAAGAACCCCAACUACGACGACCUGAACCACCUCGUAUCGCUUGUCAUGUCGGGUAUCACUACGUGCCUGCGUUUCCCCGGCCAGCUUAACUCGGAUCUGCGCAAGCUGGCCGUGAACAUGGUGCCUUUCCCCCGUUUGCACUUCUUCAUGGUUGGCUUUGCGCCGCUCACGGCAAAAGGCGUGCAGCAAUACCGCGCCGUUUCUGUCUCUGAGCUGACCUCGCAAAUGUUUGACGCGAAGAAUAUGAUGGCCGCGUCUGACCCGCGCAUGGGUCGCUACCUGACCGUCGCUGCAUACUUCCGCGGCAAGCUGUCCAUGAAGGAGGUCGAGGACCAAAUGCAUGCUGUCCAGACGAAGAACUCUUCCUACUUUGUGGAGUGGAUUCCCAACAAUGUCCAGACUGCCCAGUGCGAUAUCCCGCCGCGCGGGACCAAGAUGGCCGUGACGUUCAUCGGUAACAACACGGCGAUCCAGGAGCUCUUCAAGCGCGUUUCGUCGCAAUUCCAGGCUAUGUUCAGACGUAAGGCUUUCUUGCAUUGGUACACGGGCGAGGGUAUGGACGAGAUGGAGUUCACCGAGGCCGAGUCGAACCUGGCGGACCUCAUCAGUGAGUACCAGCAAUACCAGGACGCGACUGUGGACGACGACUUGGAAGAGUUUGACGGCUACGAAGGCGAGGAGUACGAAGAGGAAGAAAUGUAG